GUAGAUUGAUCAAGACUUGCUCAACCUGAAAGAGUCCUAAACUCCUAAGUCCUAACCAAUGUGGGAAAACAUCAAACAUAGCAAACACACCACCGUUAUUUACAGUUAAUUACUUCCUCCAGAAUUCCAUUACAAAUUUACAACUCAUACUCUUUUGCUUAGAAAUCAAUUACAAUAAACAAUGCAAGAGAAACUAAACAAACUUUUCAUUUCCGAAACAAAAGCCACAAAAAUGGAGGUAAUUAAGAGUGAUUACCAGAUAUUAGACCCUAAUUCUACUUCAUUUGACGAAGAAUCUCCACUAUUAUCAAAUUACGCCGAAAAUAAUUGUAAUAGUCAUAUCAAUUGGAGGUGGAAAAAAAGAUGGUUUAUAAUUUUGCUGGGUGUUGUAAUUGCAGUUUCCGCCAUUGUUAUUAUCAAACAAUUUGGCCCCUCUUUCAUGAAGAAGGAGGUUAUGCCAGUAAUAAACUGGCUGAUAGAAACUUUCAGCUCGCCAGUGCUUGCAGCUAUUCUGUUUGCUGGAAUAGCCUUGUUCCCUGUUCUACUUUUGCCAACGACGCCCUUCAAGUGGAUCGCUGGAAUGACUUUUGGCUAUGGAAUUUGCUUCUUGGUGGUCAUACCUGGAGUAGCUGUGGGAGUCUCUUUGCCCUAUUUCAUUGCCUAUAAAUUUCGUGACAAGGUCGAGAAAUGGCUGGAUAAUCAUCCAGAAAAAGCUGCCAUUGUUAGACUUGCUGGUGAUGGGGAAUGGUUACAUCAGUUUCAAGCCAUUGCUCUUGUAAGACUUACUCCGUUCCCAUAUGUGGUGCUCAAUUAUGCUGCUGUUGCUACCGGUGUUAAAUAUGGUCCUUACCUAACGGGAACCCUGGUAGGGAUGGCACCUGAGAUACUUCUUGCAAUUUACAGUUCAGCUUUUCAAUUGCGACGCUGCCAAUCAAGAGAAUGUGAUCUACAAGCUGGAGAUAUGUAGUCAAUUUAAGAACGUCGUAUUAUUUUCACUGCUACAUUGGUUGGGGUUGCAUUGUUUAUGUUGAAACUCAAAGUAAUGGAGUCUAAUAUAAGAGGUGGUAAAUUAGAUGAGGUUUUUGUAGUUGAAGGAUAAGUGAAGGAUGGGUGAAUUGGGUGGAUUUGUAGGGAAGUAUUAGCCUCAUUCGAAGAGUAACAAGUCCCACUCCCUCGAGGUCUCAAAUUGACCUCAAGCUCCACCACCUUCACUCACAUUCCUUUUCUUUAUCUUGUUUCUUAUUACCCCUCAAUUUAUUAUCUUCAAUGCAAGCAUCCCCAUAAGCUAAGCUGAAAAUUCUAAUGCAGUUUUGAAGAUAUCGCUUAAUUCUAGGCUCGAUUUUCAAGAGUCAAGACUCUUAAAGUUUUCCAAAGAUUGGACCCAAGAGCAUGCUGAUUUUUCUGAUCUGCAGACUUGUAGUGAACCUAGAAAAGAUAUGAGAGUUUGAUGAGUUUUUCCACGAUAUGUUUAGUUGUUAAUUGGAUAAGGGUUUACAGGCCUGAUACAAGGGGGGAAUAGGUAAACUUCCAUCAUUCUUCAUUUCUUCUUGUUGA